AUGACACAGAAGCAUAAAGACUCCUGGAAGUGUCUCUCAUGCAAGUCAAGGGUUCCAAAAAAGGACAACACAAAUACUCCUAUCAGACCGGAGGCAGACAACGUGACACAGAGACGCGGGGGUAGUGCGCUCUCACCGGACCGUUCUUCGGCUUCACCGGAACAUAUGGCGAACACGACUACAAAUGAAAUGCUGCUAAAGGAAAUACGUCUUCUUCGAGAUGACAUGAGGGAGAUGCAUUUGCAGAUGCAAUCGUUUACCGAUACUAUUAGUAGUUUAAAUUUAAGGAUAGAUGCAUGUGAAAACCGAUUGGAUGAAUUGGGUAUACGUAUGGAUAAAAUGGAACGACGCACUAGCACUGAUUCCGUGUUCCAAAGUGACACAUCAUUGUUACAGUCGAUUGAAAACUUAAAAAUCGAGCUCAAUGAUAGGGAUCAAGAUUUGUUGCUCAAUGACCUUCAGAUCUCAUGCAUACCUGAACAAAAGGGAGAAAAUGUCACGCAUAAUGUGAUUAGCAUAGCUAGCAAGUUGGGCAUGCAGCUGACAGUGCAAGAUAUAACCAGUGCAGUGCGGGUCGGAAGGUUAUUAGAUUCUGAUAAUAAAGUCUCGGGUCGACCACGCUUGGUGGUGGUACGACUGGCGCGUCGCGCCCUGCGUGAUCAGUUGCUCCAGGCUGCAAGGGUUCGUCGUGGUGCCACUGCAGAAGGCACAGAGAUUCCAGGGCCACCAAGUAAAUUUUAUAUAAACGAAAGACUGACACUAAAAAACAGACAGUUAUUUCAGCGAGCACGUGAGCUUGGAGUACGCCACAACUGGCGAUACGUAUGGACAAGGGACGGCAAAAUAUUUGUAAGGCAACAUCAAGGUGAGGAUACACCACGGUAUCGUAUACGUACAGAUAAAGAUCUUACCAGGGUUUUUGGAUCGGCGGCCGUUCAAUAA